CCAGCACCAGCACAGGAACUGGCACAAGCACAGGCACCAGCUCCACCACCAGGACCAGCACAAACACAAGAACCAGCAGUAGCACUAGCACUAGAAGGAAGAAAGAGCACAAGUGCCGGCACAAGAGCCGGCAUUGGCAUGAGCACCAGCAGAAGCAUCGGCACAAGACACGGCAUUUGCACGAGCAACAGCGCAAGCACCAGCACAAGCACGAACACCAGAACCAGUACCAGCCAAAGCACCAGCAAAAAAACCAGGACAGGCACAAACGCCAGCACCAGCACUAACACCAGCGCUAGAACUAGCACCAGCACCAGCACCAGUACCAGCACUAGCAGUAGUAAAAGCACCAACACCAGCACUAGCAGUAGUACAAGCACCAGUGUCAGCAUCAACACCAGCACAACCACCGGCACAAGCAGAUGCACCAGCACCAGCAUCAGCACCAUAGCCAGCAGAAGCAGAAACAAAAGCACCAGCAGCAGCACCUCAACCAGCACCAGCACCAGCACCUCCACCACUACCAGCAACAGCACCAGCCUAAGCACCAGAACAGGCACAUGCGCCAGCACCAGCACAAGCAACAGCACCAGUACUAGCACUGUUACAAGCCCCAACACAAGCGUCAGGUCUAGCAACAGCACCAGCACCAGCGUAAGCACUGGCACCAGUACAAGCACCAACAUAGGCACCAGCACAGGCACCAGCACCAGCACCAGCACCAAUAACAAUACCAGCAAAAGCAUCAGCCUAAGCACCAGGACAGGCAACAUCGCCGGCACAAGAACUAACACCAGCAACAACACAGGCACUAGAACCAGCACCAGCACAGUCACCAGCACCACCACCGGGUCCAGCAACAGCACUAUAACAAGAACCGGUCCAGCACAUACACCAGUACUAGUACAGGCACCAGCACAGGAACCUGCAGCCGCACCAGCACGAACACCACCAACAGCACCAGCACAAGUGCCAGCACAAGAACCAGCACCAGCCCCAGCACCAGCACCAGCACGAGCACCAGCACCAGCACCAGCACCAACACGAAGACAGGCACAUGCGCCAGGUCCAGCACAAGUACCAGCACCAGCACCACCACCAGCAACAGCCGAGCAACUGUACAGGAACCAGCACCAGCACUAG